CGUGUGGAUGUAUGGCGGCGCCCAUGUCCGCCAUCUCCCCUGCAGCAAGGUGCUCUUGCAUGUCGCAGGGAAUCCCAUCGGUGGAAAGUUUUGAACAUCACCUGUAUAUGACCAUAAAACACCAAAAACACUGUUUUAACUAGUAGACGGGCUCUGAUAUAUCCAAUCCAUGCAAGCGGAAGUUUCUUCUUCGUGUGAUGUAGAGCUUAUUCAGCGGUGAGCGGACUGUGCGGAGAGACGAUGCACCGCUCUGUGCUGGCAGAGGGCAGCAGCCUGAGCCGCACUGCCGCCUCGCCGGCCGGGUUCGGCUGCCCUCUCUGCCCCGCACUGACCACCAGAAGCCAGAGUGUCAUCCACAGGCACCUGCAGAACCACGUGGCCAAUGCAGUGCAUUUCCAGGAUAAGAUCAUCUGCAGAUGCAAUCUGCACUGCAGAGAUGGAGGCCAUUUCCAUUGUCCAUUUUGUGCAGCCACACUGAUCCGGAAAGACGCCAUUACAACACAUCUGAUAGACUGCAGGAAUAAAUGUGACAUGGCCCAACCUUCUCAGCCGCCCUCACCAGAGACCCACCCUGCUGCUGUUCCAUCAUCAAUGAGUGUGGAACAUUCAUAUUCACUUCCACCUCCUGUGUCAGCUGUCAGUAUCGACCAUUCCUACACACAAACAGCAAAGAGGCCUGCAGCUGCUCCAGCUGCUCCAGCAGAGCCAGAUCCCUGUCAGUCCCCCCCAGCUGCAGCCUCAGAGGAGCCCGUCGCUCCAGAGGACCAAGUCACUGGUGACGUGCCACGAACCCACGUAAGGUGCCCGCACUGCCCAGUCGUCCUGUACAAGAGGAAUCUGUUUUUACAUAUUCAGAGAAAACAUGGCAAAGCAAAAGACAUAACAGCACAAUCAGUUGACCAGAGUAACGGCCUUUACGCAGUUAGAAAAACUUCGGCGUGUCAGUGCACGUGCAGCGCAAGACACCGGGACGGCAGCACGUGACCAGAUGUGAGAUGGAGGAUUGCCGGCAGCACCACCUGCCUGCACAGCGAAGCGGCCUCUCACAGCUUGUGCCAUCACAUCCGUUCACUGGAUUAUUGUGACACCGCUGCCGGUGAGGAACGACUGGACCACCAAGUCCUCCAGGAAAAGGUGGAAAACCUUUGUUUGCCGACUCUAAACCAGCAGUGUGCAAAAGAAGGCAGCGAGAAGCAGAAGCAGCACGUGUCCCCUUGUCUGUCCUCGAUGACCUCACUGGUUCUAAAAAUCAUAUCUGCCUCUCCAUCCAUGAACCGAAAUUGCACCAUUACAGCACUUUAGGGAGAGUCUUUGUGACAUAUAACCUAAAAAAAAACAUAUGCAUAGCAAAGUGGCACCUUUUCCAGACACACAAACACCUUUUCAAGACUGUGCCACCAAAACCACCUCAGCA